CAAGCAAUGGGACUAUGCUAUCCUCGCUAGCUUGGGCUGACAGUUUAACUAAUAUAAGCAUUGGAGGUCUUCUGUCAGAAGCCUCUCUGCAGGGGAAUAUUAAUCAAUGCGAUCCAGUGCCAACUGCAAAUCAAUCAUCCUUGCAGCAGCUUCCAUUUAGCUCUGAUUCAUUUGAUGCUGCUAUAGCUGCUCAUAUAUAUAGUCGUCAUCAAGGACCAACACCACCUUCCCUUCUAUCACACUCAUCAAUUUUGGAUGCAGAGGAAACAUGCCAUGCAUUUUCAUUUCAAAAAUUCUCGUUGUCUGGCAAAGAGAUCGUGUCUUCAUCUAUAAGUGGUUCUUCCAGGGGUUGCAGUCAGGAUGCAUGUUCCAAGUCAUUCAAAUUUCCCAAUUUUGUUGAGGUGGGAGUGAAAACUGGAAACACACAAGAUCAGACUCAAGAACCUAAAGCAGAUACACGGCCCCAGACACAAGGAGCAGAUAAUGGUGAAAACAGCCUUGGGAUGUCAGAUAUCAAUCGGACUGAUUCUUUGUGGUCUCUAGACCUAAGCUUGUCAUCGUCCCGGCAGAUUAUUAAAGGAGAUAGUGUUAGCCUUGGUGGUUUGUUAUCCAACAGUCUAGAUGCAUUUCAAAGCCGUUCAUUCUUUCUAAGAGACGAAAUGGUUCCUCCCACUUGAGAAGAAACAAGACAGGCUAUCUCAUGAAAAAUCAAUUAUUCUGAUGCGUUAAGUGUUUACAGAGCAUAUGACAUUGUUAUUUUUUCAUUCAGACAUUAUUAAGCUUUUGUAGCACAUUAUU